AAUAUUAGCAGCAAAUGGAAGAAGAGGGUGACAAGAAAGAGUUCAUCACUGCAUCUGUAGGGGAAAGAUGUGAGCCAGGUCUGCGUGUGCUGGAGGGUCUGGCAGCAUCAGGCCUGCGUUCUGUACGUUUUGCUCUGGAGAUUCCUGGCCUGAAGAGCAUCACUGCUAAUGAUUACUCUGCUAAAGCUGCUGCCCUGAUCGCCCGCAAUGCACAACACAACAACGUGUCCCACAUACUGCAAGCCAGCCAAAGAGAUGCCAGUAUGGUAAUGUAUGAGGCAAGAGGGAGGAAGGAACGAUAUGAUGUUAUUGAUCUUGACCCCUAUGGCAGCCCUUCUCCAUUUCUGGAUGCAGCUGUGCAGGCUGUCAGUGAGGGUGGGUUGCUUUGCAUUACGUGUACGGAUAUGGCUGUAAUGGCUGGAAAUAGCGGGGAGACCUGCUACAGCAAAUAUGGCUCUGUGUCCAUCAAGUCCAAAUACUGCCAUGAGAUGGCUUUGCGUAUAAUUCUGCACAGUUUAGAUCAGAGAGCAGCUGUUUAUCAGCGCUACAUUGAACCUCUCUUGAGUGUGAGUGUGGAUUUCUACAUCCGUGUAUUCGUCAGAGUCAAAACAGGCCAAGUCGUGGUCAAAAACUCUGCAAGUAAGCAGGCGCUGCUGUAUAACUGUGUCGGCUGUGGUGCGUUUCAUCUGCAGAGGAUGGGGAAGAAGAUGAGCCAAGGCAAACAUAUGAAGUAUUCGGCAGCCACUGGACCACCUGUAGGGCCCAGCUGUGAACACUGUGGGCAGAGGCACCAGUUGGGCGGUCCCAUCUGGGCGGAGCCUAUUCAUGACAUUACAUUUGUUCAGAAGGUUCUGAGUGCCGUUUCAGGGAACCCCACCCGCUUCAGAACGUCCAAGCGGAUCGAGGGGGUGCUUAGCAUGGUGACCGAGGAGCUGCAGGAUAUUCCUCUGUAUUAUGUUUUGGAUCAUUUGAGCAGCACAGUUCACUGCAACACUCCGUCCAUGCUGCAGUUCAGGUCAGCUCUCCUGCACGCUGGGUACAGAGUGUCUCUCUCUCAUGCCUGCAAAAAUGCAGUGAAGACCGAUGCUCCUGCUGAGGUGUUGUGGGACAUCAUUCGUGGCUGGUUUCUCUGUUUUUGUAUUCCUCAGGAAAAGUCCAACCCCGUGAAAAGAGAGCGGUUAUCAGAAACCAGUCCUGCUCACCGCAUUCUCUCCAAAGAGCCAACUCUUCAAGCCUGCUUUGAAAUCAGAGAAGACGCAAACCCUCAAUCACGAAAACAGCACCUCACACGUUUCCAGGAGAACCCACAGGCCAACUGGGGACCCAAAGCCCGUGCCAAAGCUGGUGGAGGAAUCUCCUCUGAGCUGGAGGACAAAAGGAAACAGUUUCAGGGUAAAAGAAAGAAACCGAUCACAGACUCUUCUCAACUCAAGAGCUUCCCCUGUAAGAAGUUUCGGAAGGGAACAUGUACAUAUGGAGAUAAAUGCUGUUAUUCGCAUGAACUCGAGCAAGAAACUGAGGAAAAGAUGGCCUAAGUGGUUUUCUCACUACUGAAUAAUGCAUGUGUCCAAAUGUGUACAGAUUCGCAACUAUAGUUUAUGUUAAUUGGAGUUGUGCGAUGCAAAUUUAAUUUUUCUGGCGAUGCAUUGGUGGGACACAUUUUAUUCUUUGCAGUCAUUUUAUAUUUUGAAUGUUUUCGUUUUGCCUGGCAAAUAAAUACUAAGUGAAUGGCUGUGUAUUUCUAUUCAGCAUGAGCGGGACACAUCAUGUAUCAUUUAAAAACAAUUUAUUACUGGUCAUUAAAUUUAUUCCAGAGUUCAUUCUUUAAAAAUGUGUCAUUUUCAUAUGAAAGGCACAAUAGAAAAAUACAAAUUCAAAUUAUUGCACAAAUUAAUAUUAGAAGAAACACAAGAUGCCCAUUUGGCCAGUAGCUAACCAAAGUAGAGCUUGUGAGAUUAAUGCA